AUGAGAAGAUCCCAGGCUCUGAACUGUGGCGAUGUUUUCAAAGUUGAUACACAGGAAUCUGGACUCGUCUCUAUGACGUCGAUUGCCCCGUCCUUACCGCCGAAUCAUCGGGAUACUUGCUUCUCCAACAGCCUUUCUUCGGAUGAAAAAAACAUUUGGGAUUUGUGUGAUUCGUCAUUUUUUGACAAUGCUUGUCGUUUCGAAGCCAGAGACCCAUGGGCUUCCGCAGGUGCUUCGAAAAUCGCAGUCGGAUCGCUGCCUAAAGCGUUCGACACGUCAUGGCUCUCCGAUCUCAUGUCCCAAGUGAAGCUUCCAUCAGCACCACCAAGUACUGAUGGCGAAGUUGGGCACGAAAGUGAUUCUUCUUCGCCCAUUCCGCAAGCACUCUGGCAACAGCUCGCUUCGCCAUUUCAAUCGCCAAAGGCAACUACGUCGAAAAUAAACCCAGCAAAGGAUUGGUUCGCGCGGGACGCGGUCAAUAUAACUAAAGCUCCAACAUUUAGUCCUUACAACUAUAAUGGCGAUGCACUUGGCAUUUAUCCGCGUCAUCCCGCGUCGACAGGUAUACUGAAGUCAUCUUAUUCGCCGCACGUUCUGUCAAGUGUGAUUGUGAGGGGAUUGGAAGUUCACGUCACCGAGGAAGAUCUGGUCCUUCACUUCACACGCCCACCGUCCUGGCCUGACGACCAUCCUAUGAAGCGCAUGCAUACUCAUGUCCAGAGUAUGGCCGGGUCUACGGGACAACUCCCAACCCAACCCGCGCCAUUCAAAGUCUAUUCUGCACGAAUUAUUCAUGAGUCACCGCAUAGAAUAGGGCGCGUUUUUGGUUUUGUUCGCCUUAUCAGCAAAGAGGAAUGCGACCGUGCACUGGUCGAACUGCAACAUACGCAUCUGAUACCUAAGAGGCCACCACAUUUCCCUUUGCGUUUGUGCCUUGGUUUGGCUGCCGCUCCGCCAGCCACAGAAUACCAACGACGUGGUAAUGCAAAGGCACAGAAACGCUGGCAUGAGAGCAUGUUUGCAUAUUCAGAGAGGAACCGUGCUCGCUCCGCAUCAACGAUGUCGUCCCCAUCAAAACGACCAACAGACGUCUUUGGUUCGCGCAAUCCCGCCCGCUUGGCAUCGACGCCUGCACCAAUUCGAUCUGAGUCUGCAUCGUCUCCAUCGUCGCGAUCAACAACGGCAUCUACUUCUAUAUCUGCAUCUACAUCAACGUCAAUGUCUUCGUCCUCGAUGACUAGCUCUACGCCGAACCAAGCAUUUUCCUCUGAGGGCGUGCCCACUGUCCUCACAUUUGUGUCUGAGUUCACAAAGGAGAGCGACUCGAAGGAGCAGCCACAUUUGGCUUCUGCUCUUACUAAGGCACAUGCAUCGAGUGCAUUGGACCCUACCAAUACAACUGUGUUUGUUGGCAGUCUAUUUUCACUGGCGACGGAAAAUACCUUGCGCACGCUGUUCGCUCCCUACGGGCCCAUCCAGUCGAUCAACAUUCCUCGCGGACAAGAUUGCGGUUUUGUCCAGUUUGCAAGUAAACAGGACGCGGCUCGUGCUAUUGCCGAAAUGCAAGGUUUUCAGAUCGUUGGUGGCGGUGCACUGCGCUUGAGUUGGGGUCGAAGUGUAGGUGAGAAAGCUGCGGCUCGUGCAGCUAUACGUGCAGGCCUACGCUGGGUUGAAGAUUCUACAAUCGUGCCUUGA